AUGUUCCCCUUGUCCAGUUUCUCCCUGGAGCCCUUGCAACCAGUGCCAUCGCUCUGGAGGAUGAUAGAGGAGCAGCUAGCACCCAGUGAGAAAUUGGAAGUGAAGACUAUCUUGGGAGAUGAUCUUGUGGAACACAGCUUGGAGCUUCACACUGAGGUAAAGACUCUCUUGGAAUUCUAUCAAGAAUUGCAGUUGGACCAGUUUGGGCAAACAGCUAAUAACUGUGUCUUGCUGGCUGCUCCUCCCCACCUGAAGGAACUAGUAAGAGAGGAGAUUCGCCUACUCCUGAUCAGCUUGCAGCAAAAGGCAUUGCAAGAGGGCAGGGACCACGAUUAUGCCAUUGCUAAAUACAACCCACGCGUGGUCAACUUUGCUUUAAAGACAAAUGAUGGAAAUAGUCGGCCAUCAUCUGGGAGCAACACUCUCAUCAGGUCACUGUCCUCCAGAACCACAAAUGAUUUGGAACCAUACUCUAAUAAGCUAAAUAUAGCUCAUAUUGGCGAGAUAUCCUCUAGACUUAGGACUUUGCUAGAGGAUGAAUGCCAUGCUCUAGAAAGAUACAUUACACACUUACAGAACCGACUAGAGGAGGUGCAUAAGCAUGCUACAGAGCUGCAAGAAACAAUUCAUGAGCCCACCAUGGCUGAACUACAGGAAGAGAAACGUGCCAUGGAGUGGGAUUUGGAAUUGAGCCAGCCCAAGUCAUGUCCUAGGCCUCCUUCCCUGAUGUCAAACCAGACUGGGAAUAGCACCCAUUUGCCUCAACUCAGGUAAUAUGUAAAUAUGUACAAACUAAAGUACUAGAAAGAGGUGGAAAGAGCAGAAGCCUUGUAUUAGAAAGUGACAAACUUAAUUCAGCUUGAUUUAUUAUCACUCUAUCUCCAGAAUUCUGGAGUAACAUUUUUGGAGUUUGUUCAAUCCACUUCAGUGGAGUUUGGAGAUCCAUAAGCUCUUCUGCAAUGACUAAGAUUUCUGCAUUUUUGUUACUUUUGAUGGAAAGAUGUUUAAAUAAAACCUUUUGUAUCGCACAACUCCUCUUUGUUCACAGCCAUCCAAAAAGCUCAGUGAAAGAGUCAAGCUUUGGACAGAUCA